GCACUUGUGGCUAUGGUAACAGGAAGCUGCCUGUUGUCUCGGCAACGAGCACAUUGGUAGGAGAUGGAGUGGCCCCUGAUUGGUGCAGAAGCAGUGCAUUUCCUGAGGGGAGGGGGUCAGAUCAUCACCUUCUCAGGCCAGAUGGGCAUCAGUAACCCUUCCUCCGUGAACAGGAAGGCUGCUCUUCCUUCCUCCCGGCACUCAGCUCUCUGCCCCCCCAACAAUAAUUCCUCACCUCCUACGCACCCGGCUCUUGGCACUUUACCAAGACCUUUUGCUUCCCCAUUACCUCAUGUGAUCCCCACAACACCCAUGAGAGGAAGAUGAAUCGUCCGAUCCAAGUGAAGCCGGCUGCCAGUGAGGGCCGAGGAGAGGACCGGAAGCUGUUUGUGGGGAUGCUGGGCAAGCAGCAGGGUGAGGAGGAUGUCAGACGCCUGUUCCAGCCCUUCGGCCACAUUGAGGAGUGCACCGUCCUGCGGAGCCCUGAUGGCACCAGUAAAGGCUGUGCUUUUGUGAAGUUUGGGAGCCAAGGCGAAGCCCAGGCGGCCAUCCAGGGUCUGCACGGGAGCCAGACCAUGGCGGGCGCCUCGUCCAGCCUCGUGGUGAAGCUAGCAGAUACCGACCGUGAGCGCGCCCUACGUCGCAUGCAGCAGAUGGCCGGCCAGCUGGGUGCCCUGCACCCCGCGCCACUGCCCCUUGGGGCCUGCGGUGCCUACACUACCGCGAUCCUGCAGCACCAGGCAGCCCUGCUGGCAGCAGCCCAGGGUCCUGGCCUUGGCCCGGUGGCAGCCGUGGCAGCCCAGAUGCAGCACGUUGCAGCCUUCAGCCUGGUGGCUGCACCUCUGUUGCCUGCAGCAGCCAACUCCCCACCUGGAGGUGGCCCAGGCACCCUUUCUGGUUUCCCUGGACCCAUCGGGGUCAAUGGAUUCGGUCCCCUGACCGCCCAGACCAACGGGCAGCCGGGCUCUGACACGCUGUACAAUAAUGGGCUCUCUCCCUACCCAGCCCAGAGCCCUGGUGUGGCUGACUCCCUGCAGCAGGCCUACGCUGGGAUGCACCACUAUGCAGCAGCCUACCCAUCAGCCUAUGCCCCAGUGAGCACAACUUUUCCCCAGCAGCCUUCAGCCCUGCCCCAGCAGCAGAGAGAAGGUGAGGAACUGGGGCCUGGGGAUCAGGGCCUGGUGGGGCUGGACCAAGGCCCUCCCCUGAACCAGCCUGCUCCUUUCCCUGCAGGCCCCGAAGGCUGUAACCUCUUCAUCUAUCACCUGCCUCAGGAGUUUGGGGAUGCAGAACUCAUACAGACCUUCCUGCCCUUUGGAGCCGUUGUCUCUGCCAAAGUCUUUGUGGAUCGUGCCACCAACCAGAGCAAGUGUUUUGGGUUUGUUAGUUUUGACAAUCCAACCAGUGCCCAGACCGCUAUUCAGGCCAUGAAUGGCUUUCAAAUUGGCAUGAAGAGGCUCAAGGUCCAGCUAAAGAGGCCUAAGGAUGCCAACCGGCCUUAUUGAUCUGCUCUCACCGACCAGCCACAGAAAGGACAGGCACUGAAGAGUGAGAAGAAAGGAAAGGAAAAGCACAGAAAUGCUGGAAUGGCCCUUCCUAAGGGAGCAGCUGCGGAUGGACAGAGGCGGAUCGGACCCAAGGCUGGCGCCUGGGGCUCAGGCCACUGGAUGAUGGUUCUGAUCAAGUGGGUUGUUCUGCGCCUGGCCUGCGGUGGAGUGCUCAGGCCGGCAGAGCAGCCAAGCACCGAGCAUUGACUGUGCAGGGGAGCAACCAAGGGCCUGGGGGUGCCAAGGACUUCCGUGCUGGGGGAGCCCAGAUUUACUUCUUUCAAAAUCAUAUCAUUCCUUAGUGUUUAGGGACCAAAGGACUACUGCUUU